GCUUGGUUGGACCAACAGUUCUGUCAGAUUCCUUCCUGCAAAGGGACGGCUCCUCCUCCCCUCCCCCCACACCAAACCCAUGGCCGACUGCGCCAAAACUCUUCUCCAUGCAAUGGAUUUCUUCUGGUUCCGCCACAACAUCCUCAGCCCAAAGCCCCCCUCGCCCCUUCAUCACAGAGCCAUGGAACUGGUGAACCCAAACCCAGAACUGCCAACAGCAGAAUCACCAGUGCUUCUCAAAGAACAACAUUUCUCUUCAUUGCCAGAGCUUGUCCUCAGCCCCCUCUCUGAGGUGGAUGAUGAGUGCACGACGAGAAGGGCAUCAAGUUUGGAGCUGGUUCGCGAAGAUGAGGCCAGCUCGUGGAGCAGCAGCAGCAAGGUGCAGUCCUCCCCAUUGUCACCUCCUGCCAUCAAAUUGCAGAGGACAGGAUGCCAACGUCGAGGGAGAAUCAGAAGUUACAAGAGUUUGUCCGAGCUCGAACGCGACGAGCUGAAGGGUUUCAUGGACCUGGGGUUCACAUUCAAGAGGGAAGAACUGAACCCACGUAUGAUAAGCAUGAUCCCGGGGCUGCAGAGGCUGGAGGCAGGGGAAGAACCGAGCGACAGUACCGUGAAGGUGAAAGUCAGGGACAGCAUCACCAGACCUUAUCUUUCAGAAGCAUGGCUGAUCAAUAGGCCGGAUUCUCCACUGCUGAACUUCAAGAUACCAAGAGUACCCAACGGAGGGACGGACAUGAAGAAGCAUCUGAGAUUCUGGGCUCGAACAGUUGCUUUGGCCAUUCAACAAGAAUCUUAGUUCAUUCCCUGCCUGUGUUUAGAAUUUGGCUGCUGAUUAAUCUCAAUCAAGAUACAAGUUUACUCGUACCUCAAAAGAGGAAUCGGUGGAAACAAGAACAAACGACAACCGCAGAUCUCCGGAUUAUGAUCUGUAAUGUGUAGAAUGGAGCAAUCAACUGCUUAGCAGAAAGAAGAAAAAUUUUGAUAGGUGAAUCAGAGAUAUAAGUUAGCUCUUAUCAGCUGUCAGUGACGACACAUGUGCUCCAUGAUACGGCGGCAACCACUGGUUCGUUUUAAUAUGGUCGGUGGCAGUCACAAGCACAACUACCCGGUUGCUGAACAUGCUCAGUGAAGAAGGGAAACGUGCUUUGAGGCAACAGAUGCUUAACUGAGCAUAGUUUGCUGCAAGAGAUGAAAGAGCUUCUGCUGACCUUGUAUACACUUGCUAAGGAGAAGGCAAAUGUAAAUCUUUAGUUAGCCUACUAAGAGGCCUCAAAAGAUAUCUCAACAAACACCAUAAAUUCUCAAUAAUGCAGCUGCAAAAGAUGCUGGACCGCAGUUAGUGUCA